AUGACGACGAUCCGUGACCUGGUACAAAAUUACGUGAUUGACACGACCUACUGGACGGGACCCGAUCCAACGUGGAAUCAAGUCUAUGCUACGCGCAUCGCGGCCGUCGUGGCUCUCGGCACCCUCUACGCCUUCUUGUUCAAGCUGCUUUACGUCGUCUGCGAGGCACUCUCCUACCGUCUCUUCCGCAAGUAUAAGUCUCUUAACGAGAUGCAGAAAGUCGAUUGGACCUCGCGGGUGGUAGCCAUGUUCUUCAUUAUUGUCAACACGUACCAGGCCUACCUUCUCAUCGGCGAGAGCCACCACUCCAUCGUGCCGGUGGAGGGCACCGAUCCGACCAACUGGGACACCGCUCAGUGGCGGCUGGACACAACCGUGACGGACAACUGCCUCUACCUGCUGUAUCUCUACUAUGUCUUCGUGUUCGCCUACGAGCUGUACGACCUCAAGAACUGCUGGGACAUUCGAAUGAUGUCUGGCGUGCUCCACCAUGUCGUCCUCCUCAUCAUCAUUCCCAUGAACUGGCCCAUUACGCUUAUUGCCGUUCCUAGCGUGUGGAUGACUGUGUGCACCUACUUCACCAACAUUCCCGCUCACAUCCGUUCGUUCAUGGUGCACUUGGGAUACCGCGACACCAAGUUUUACACUUACAACAAGUGGGCCUGGUGGAUCUCGUACAUCGUAUUCCGACUGUUCGGCAUCCCGUGGUUCUCGUCGGUGAUGUGGUUCACCAUCGCACCCAUGAAGGCCCAGUCGCCCAUGUUCCCCAUCGUCUACUAUUUUGCUGCCAUGGCUGUCCACUACUCCCUUUCGCUCUACUGGUUCGUGGAGAUGACCAAGACCAUGUUCCCGGUGUCGAGGGAGAUGAAGAGGGUGGGCAGCUAUGCCCUGGUCCCCAAGCUUGCCGACAAGUCGAAGCGUAACCGUGGCGGUGAGAGCGAGAGCGAGAGCGGCGAAGACGAGGGUGGCCAGAAGUUCGACUGA